AUGUCUUCAGACUCACUAAAAAAGCGAAAGGCGAAGGUUCUUCGCAACGAAGCAGGGACUGCAGAAGUGAAGCGCGGCAGAGGUGAAGCUGACCAGCAGGACGUACGCGUCUACAAUGAGGAAGUGGAGCUGGAUGGCAGGGACCACGAGGAGGACUUCAUCCAGUUUAAAGAGUCAUGCGAAGGACUGGCCAAGCUAAUGGAUGAAAUACAGGAGCUCAAAGCCAAUGGGGCAAAGGAGGGGAGUCCUGAAAUUGAACGUAGACGUUUGCAGAGCUGCAACCACUUCAUGACGUUGAAAAAACUCAACCGUCUGGCUCACAUGCGGUUAAAAAGAGGCAGGGAUCAUACUCACGAGGCAAAGCAGAAAGUGGAUGUGCUGCACCUCCAGUUGCAGAAUCUUUUGUAUGAAGUACUGCAUCUUCAGAAGGAAAUCAGUAAAUGCUUGGAGUUCAAGUCUCAGCAUGAGGAAAUAGACCUCGUCAGUGUAGGAGAGUUUUACAAAGAUGCACCAGAGGAGAUCUCCAGGCCACAGCUCACCAAAAAUGAUCCGCACCAGCAAACACUGGCAAGGUUGGACUGGGAGCUUGAACAGAGGAAAAGGUUGGCAGAGACGUACAAACAGUCUCAGGCCACAAAGGAGAAGAUCCAGAAAAGUAUUGAGGUCAAAAAGGAACACCUGAGGAGCUUGCAGCCUGGCCUGAAUGCCAUCAUGCAGGCCUCCAUCCCAGUGCAAGAGUACCUUUCUGUGCCUGUUGAACAGACACAGAAACACACAGAGAUUGCACAACACCUGCCACCACCCCUGUAUGUCCUCUUUGUUCAAGCCAAUGCAUACGGUCAAGCUUGUGACAAGAACCUGAGCGUAACAAUCAGCGGGGAUGUGGAAGAAGCCAAGGCUAUGUCUAAACCACCGGAGGAUUCUCAAGAUGAUGACAGUGACUCGGACGCAGAGGAAGAGCAGGAAAAAACAAAGAGGAGACGACCAACUGCGGGCGGCCAGCUAGAUGACAAGAGGCGCGAGAUGCUCAAGAAACACCCACUGUCCCUCUCUUUUGACUUGACGUGUAAAGAUGGCAGUGUCCUCAAUCUCUUCUUCUACUACCUGAUAAAUCUCAACAUCAUGACAGUCAAAGCUAAGAUUUCUGCAUCAACAGACCUCACCACAGCCAUCAGUGCAGGGGAACUUAUCAAAUCUGAAACCCUUCUAAGUUGUUUGUACGCCAAUGAUCAUGGAAGAGAAACACCCAAUCCAGCUAACCGUUAUCAGUUUGAUAAAGUUGGGAUUGUUUCUUUUGCUGACUAUGUGGAGGAUUUGGGUCAUCCGUACAAAUGGGUUCAGAAUCUUGGAGGGCUACAUUUUCCAAGUGAUUCGUCUGAGGGUAUGCUUGUGGGCAGUUCUCUAAGUGCUAGCCAUAUGGAGAACACCAUGAAGCUCCUGAGGGGGCGGGUUCUGUCCCGCUUGGCUCUGCAUAAGCAGUUUGCAUCUUUAGAGCACAAUAUCAUCCCUGUCACCACUGAGUGUCUGCACCUCUUUCCAGCCAAGAUUAUUUCCCGUUUAGCUCGAUGGACCACCAUCACGCAUGAGGAGUACACGGAUCUGACAUUUACACGUCAUGUGACUGAUGCUGGUCUGGCAAAAGCGACUGAUAUGUAUUUUAGUGGGGUUAUUGAAAGAGGCACAGCUAGUCUUCAGGCUGCAGUGGUGCUAAAUCCCCGUUACCCUGAAAUCUCGCCUCUCUUCUCCCUCUCGCUCAGCUGGAAGGGAGAGCGCAGUGGGCGCACUGAUGACAACCUUAGGGCCAUGGAAAGUGAGGUGAACGUGUUCAAAAAGGAAUUACAAGGCCCACGUCCAGGCUACCAGCUCUUGACCAAUCAGAUUUCACGCCUAUGUGUCUGUCUGGAUGUCUACCUGGAGACCGAAGAACAGGAUGAUGGUGUGGAAGGACCACGGGAGUUUCCCCGUGAAAAGAUGUGCCUGCGUACUGUCAAGGGUCCAAAUCGUCUAAAACCAUUCAAAUACAACCAUCCUCUGGGUCUCUUCAGUCAUCGCUAA